CAUCAUCUGCUCCAGCGACACACAAUAAAGAGCGGCCAUCUUUACACAACACUAACAACUGCUGCUCCUGCGUGAGAAAGAAGAAAGAGAAAACAAAUGACCUGCCGGGAUUUUCAUUUCUACACGUGUCAUUUAUCUGAGGACAUUUAAAGACAGUGAGACACCAUGACCUAGUGAUCUUCAACAGGACAACAGCGGCGCAGAGUGUCCCACCUCUCCCUGAACCUCUGCACCUCUGACAGCAGACUGCAGUCCGAGGUCCCCGCCAGUUGCCUGACAGACAUCGCCUCUCCCCCAAAAGAAAUAUGGAUCCCUUUGGGAGUCUUUUGCUGGAGGGGGACUCUGGUGCAAUGGGGUCCCUGGUGCCGAGCCCACAGAGUGAUGCGGUGACCCAUGACCUGGAGGAACUGUCUCUACAGCCCGUUCAGAGCCUUCCACCCCUUAAAGAGCGUAAGAACGUGUUGCAGCUAAGACUACAGCAGAGGCGCACCCGCGAGCAGCUCGCAGCCCAAGGCAUAAUGCCACCAUUGAAGACUCCAGCAGUUUUUCACGAGCAGGUCCGAAGUCUGGAGAGAGCAAGGACUGAGAAUUUCUUGAAGCAUAAAAUCCGUAGCAGACCUAAACGGGCUGAAUUGGUCCGUAUGCACAUCUUACAAGAAACCCAGGCAGAGCCUUCUUUGCAGGCCACUCAGAUGAAACUAAAGCGGGCUCGUCUGGCUGAUGAUCUCAAUGAGAAGAUUGCACAGAGGCCUGGACCAAUGGAGCUGGUGGUCAAGAACAUCCUGCCCGUCGACUCCACUGUCACAAAAGCUAUCAUUGACAAUGACGAGAACUCGCUGGAUGUUUAUAAAUUCGAAGAAGACAGUAGUGAUGCUCUUUCCCCGGAGCAGCCAGCUAGCCAUGAGUCUCAAAGUUCUGCAUCAUCCCCCGUCGAAGCCAGAAUGUCUGAUAUUUCCUCUAUUUCGCCUUCAGCUGGCUCCAGCAUACAGUUGUGUCCACCUACAAACCUAACCAGAACAUCAGUAGAAGAUCAAGCAAACAGUCGUGAAAAGACGAUCACUGCUGCAGCUCCCACUAAGCCCGGACCCACCCUCGUGAAGCAAAGCCAGCCCAAACCGGCCGGCGAGAAGAGUCGCAGCAAGAAGAGCAGAGAACCUAAACCCAGAGUUAGGAGGCUGAAGUAUCACCAGUACAUCCCGCCUGACCAGAAGCAAGAACCCAAUGAAGCUCCCAUGGACUCGGCGUAUGCCAGGCUCCUUCAACAACAGCAGCAGUUCCUGCAACUGCAGAUCAUCAGCCAACAGCAACAGCACUACAAUUACCAGGCAAUUUUGCCGGCGCCCCUCAAGCCAGUGGCUGAAAGUCAAAACGGCUGCCCUAACGUGACCCUGACCAACAGCCCAAAUCUGCACACUCCAUUUGUGGUAUCUUUACCCAGCACUGCCCCGUCACGUCCCAACAACACCAUGAACUGUCGUAAACCGGGCAUCUUGCCUUCCAGCCUAGAUGAGAUGAAGGUGCCUGAGCUUAAGAGGGAGCUGAAACUGCGCGGACUUCCGGUGUCUGGCACCAAGACGGACCUCAUCGAAAGACUCAAGGCCCGCCAGGAAACCUCUCAACUUGCAGACGCCAACAUCUCCAAAAGUGCUCUGCAACCUGACGGCAUGAGCACGACUCCCCCCGUGUCACCCGAGCGCUUGGAGGCCUCUAGCGUCAACAUGGAGGAAAAUAAGGAAGCGCUAUGCGUCUCACCCCUCAAACACGAAGACGUGGCCAUGGAGACCAAAGCGUCCGAAAAAGACCAGCGGCUCCACGAAAAGGAGCGCCAGAUUGAAGAGCUAAUGCGCAAGCUGGAGCAGGAGCAGCGUCUGGUGGAGGAGCUGAAGAUGCAGCUGGAGGUGGAGAAGAGAAGUCAGCAGACCGGAGGCCUACAACCCGAACCCGAAUCGCCGGUCCACGUGAAAGAUGAAAAUGGUGCUGCCCCCAGCUGCAACUUUAAAACCAGUCCCCUGCGGCAAACCACGGUGGUGAAACAGGAAGAGUCACGCUUUCAGAUGCACCACACCCCAGUUCAGCAAUACUACAUCAACGCCCAGCAAGUCCCCAAUGUGCUGCAUCAGCAGACGGAGGCUAUGAUCAACACUCAACCUGCUACACAGAUCCUGUUGCCCCUGUCUCUGCCCAAUAGCAUCAGCUUGACCAGUAACCCCAUCACCACACAGGCACAGAGUAUUCUUCAAUCAUCAGUGCCUGCUUUGGCUCAAAGCCAGCAACACUCCAACCAGACGCAAACGUCACCUCAAGCAUUGUCUCUGCGUGCAAGCUCCACCUCUGGGUUUGAGUACAGACAGAACCAGAAUCAAUCCAUGGCUGAAAUGCCCCAGUGCUUCCUCAGCACUUCACCUAGAGUCUCGCCGAGACACACGACCCCAAACGGACCUAUUAACAAACCCCCGUCACCCUGUCAGAUCAGUAAUAUUCUCCAGCCAUCUACAUUCACCAAUCAUCACAGCCCAAAGAGUAAAGACCCACCUCGCUACGAAGAGGCCGUCAAACAGACCCGUGGCCUUCAAGCCUCGAUGCAGGUUCCCACUGCUACAAGUCAGCACAUGGACGACUUGUUUGACAUUUUGAUCGAGAGCGGAGAAAUAUCCCCUAUGACCAGACAGGAUCCUUCUCUGGACAAACACCUCCCAGUUACAGCCAAUAUCACCACCCUACCUAUCAACACGGUGCUCUCACGCCCUCCGCCACAGAUACACGUGGCCCGCACGCCCAACCAACCCCAAGUGGCCCUGGCUUCAGAUAACCAGCUGGAGGCCCUGCUGGGGGAAACGGAGCCACGGACCUUGCGACUGAUCGAGGAACUGAAAAGCCAGCUGCUGGAUCAGCCCCACUCCCCGAUGGACACUUCAGAUCUGACCUUUAGCGAUGCACAACCCCCCGCCCUACAUCUGCAGGACACCGGCCUCGACAUGGAGUGGUUGGACCUGACCAUUCCGGGCACUGCUGGUAUCUCCUCUCCUGCUGUCUUUUCUUCAGACUUUCUAGACUCACCCGAUCUACAGUUACACUGGGAUUGAGGACUUCGGGAUGGACUCCUGGGACCUCAUUUAUAAAAUGCUGCGUAGAAACCAUCCUAAAUGCAAUCAUUUUGCGUACGUGUGAUUUAUUUAAAAAACGUACGUACGGAGAACUUGUGUACGCCAUAUUGUCAGAUGUGAAAUCUAUAAAUCAUAAAUGAUCUUAAAAAUUGUGCACAUCUGAACAGUUUCAGAUAUCCGCCUUAAAAUGAUGCCUAAUUAAUGUUAUUGGCAUGUGAAAGAGCAAGUGACAAUGUUUAAAUCCUUUUCGAGCAGAAAGAAUGGCUUACAUUUCAAAAAAAAACUGACGUGACCCUAAGCGCGUUUCUAGC